AUUCACACUUCACUCUCGAGUAGCCAUUUUUGAGCUGUUUUGGAUCGCGGUUCCGUUCGUUUCUCUCUGUCGAACCGCUUUUAUUACCGAAAAACAACGUAUAUCUACCGCGAACAAGUCUCGAACCAGAAUCGCGUUUAUUGCGGAGAAGAAAACCACAGAAAGAUCUCAUAAACCGGGGGAUUUGGUGUGCUGGCCGUCAUGAAUCCUGAAUAUGACUACCUGUUUAAACUUCUGCUGAUCGGAGACUCUGGCGUUGGGAAGUCUUGCCUUCUGCUGCGAUUUGCUGACGACACAUAUACAGAGAGCUACAUCAGCACAAUCGGAGUGGACUUCAAAAUCAGGACGAUAGAACUGGAUGGAAAGACCAUCAAACUACAGAUCUGGGACACGGCCGGCCAGGAGCGAUUUCGCACCAUCACGUCCAGCUACUACCGGGGAGCCCACGGGAUCAUCGUUGUGUACGAUGUGACGGAUCAGGAGUCCUUUAAUAACGUCAAACAGUGGCUUCAGGAGAUCGAUCGCUACGCUAGUGAAAACGUCAACAAGCUCCUGGUGGGAAACAAAUGCGAUCUGACCACGAAAAAAGUUGUGGAUUACACAACAGCAAAGGAGUUUGCAGACUCUCUGGCCAUCCCGUUCCUCGAGACGAGUGCAAAGAGCUCCACAAACGUGGAACAGGCCUUCAUGACCAUGGCUGCCGAGAUCAAGAAGAGGAUGGGACCAGGUGCCACGGCAGGAGGAACCGAGAAAUCCAACGUCAAGAUUCAGAGCACACCAGUGAAAACAUCCUCUGGAGGGUGCUGUUGAGGCUCCGAUUACUUAAACAAGAAAACCAACCUACCAAUAACAGCAUCAAGAUGACCGUAACAUCACCCACCAAAUGUCACAGCUGAACGAGAAGGCAGAGAGAUUGUGCGUGUGUUUAAAGUGUGUGUGUGCGCAUUAAGGACUGAGAAUAGUCAUGAAUGAUAAUGAGAGGAUCAAAUUUAACAUUGCCUGAUAUUGUAUCAUGCAUGCGAAUAGCUGCAUGGCCAGACAAACAAACACGUUCCCAACGGUUUAAUACUAAAUUUCGUGACAACCUCAGUCUCUUCUUUAGGUCCAUUUAGACAAAUUUCCAGCAGCACUUCGGACGACGUUCUAUUUUCAACAUUUUUAGAAGACCAUGCUAGAUUUGGCUUUGACCAUCCUCGCUGGAAUUACUAACCAAGGACUGGACUGUGAUGUCAUUGACAUCUGAAUUUUGGGUUCCGUUACUAUGGAUCCCAUUGUGGUUGCUACGGUGACCUCUUCCUCAGCUACUGCCUUCACUUAGAGUUUGGUGGAUCGUUUGCCUGUCUGGGCAUUUUUUUUUAUCAUUUGUAUAUUAUUUUUAUUUUUUGCAUUUCAAGAUAUUGGUCCUCUGAACAUGACUACAACACUUCACUAGUCAGUAAAAUGCAUCGAUCUAAUUUGUGGUUUCACACUAGUGUGAUUCUAACAGCAUUAUUUGCGGGCUCAUUGAUUUUUGUGUAAUAAUAAUGAAAAAAACUUGGAUUUGACACACCAGCUGCCCAUUUAAAGUAAUUCAAAAGUCAAAAUCUAGCUUUUGUGCAAGCAGUGUAAUAUAUAUCCUGUAUAUUGGAUAGUAAAUCUGUCAACAUUUGUUUACCAACAGCACAACAGUGUCACUGUAACAGCAUUGCUGGAAGGAACUAUAUCAGAUUAAUGUAUAAAUGUAUCUAUAUAAACGUAAUCACUCACACGCUGAUUUCAUUGAGUGACAAAUGACAGAAAAACAGGAAGUGACAUCACGGAGAAUAGUUAAAUAUGUUAAAAAAAGCAAUUAUCUGUUUUCAAGGCGAAAAUGGCGUUUUUCUCUUGUACUGUUUUUGUUUUCUUUUAUGUCACACAAUGUUUAACUAUGAAGGAAAUGUUUAAUAAAAAUGGUUUUAACUGGAAA